UGUAGCUUCAUUGUAAACAGAAAAUACGCCAUCAAAAAAAUAUUCCGUCACAAACGAGCGCACACACAACGAAAGAGAGAGGAAGAGAGAGAACAAUCGAUGUGACAGCAAGUGCAAAUCAAUGGCUGAGAUCGUUCAAUUGUUUCAUAUGCUCGUUUGUUUUCUUUUUCAGUUUCUGUUUUGAGUUUUUGCUUUGCGACCUUUUCUUUCUCUUUCUUGUAAUUUUUCGGGUUUUCUCUCAUUUUUUUUUCUUCUUGCUGAAUGUGAGCGUGUGUGUGAUGGUGGCAUUACCAUUCAUUGUCGCAUGUAAAAUUUUGAACACCAAACAACUACGAGAUAGAUCAUCGACAAAUGAACUUUUUCUUCGUACUGUGUGUGCAUUUCAAUUCAGUAAAAUUGGUUGGUUGUCUUUUGAGAACCAUGUAAAUUAAUUCUGUGUUACGCUUUUGUGUGCUCUCUUAUUUUGAUAUUCACAAUUGAAUUAAAAACUUUUUUUUUAGUUCAUAUCGGCAGUUUAUAAUUUAAGACAAAAAAUUCAGAAAGAAACAUGUUGCAUUUUGAUCAAUAAGAAACCCACAAUUAAACGAACAACAUUCCAUCAAUAAAUUGAUUUAGAUAAGUGAAAGAAAAUCAAUGGGGCUUUCUUAAAUCAUUUCAACAUAAAAAUUAAUUGAAUAGCAACAACGAAAAUGAAACUAAAUCCAAAUUCGCAUUUCAUUCAAUGCCGAUUGGUGAGUAAAAUUUUGACAUUAACUAUAGGGGGAAACCCCUUACGGAUGUGUUGCAUCAAAGUUCAUUUCAUAGUUUGUUGUUUCUGUUGUAUUCUGGUUAAUGAAAUUCGCAGAAGAAGAAAAGGUUGCGAUAGAAUUAGUGAGAGAAAAAAAUAUAUAGUGAUAUAUAGCUCGACUUGAUGAAUCAGCUAAGCGCAGAAUGUAUUUAUGGCUAUCGUCGAAAUUUUAGCGAAAUUAUCAAAGUACUAUUUUGAUAAGCUUCAUUGGAAAGAAUGUAAUAAACAAGAGGAAAUUGCGAAAUAAUUGCAAAAAAAGUGUGGACAAAAGAGGAAAUCGCAAGCAAAUAAAGAUAUUUUAAAGAAAGAGACAACAUGAAACGAAGAGAUAAAAUAAAUUUAAAAAUCGAACGAUAAAAAUGUAACACGAAUCAUCUCCAGUCCACGAGAAGUCUGACGGCACACGCAUAUCAACACAUCCAUGAAUGAAAAAAGUGGCCGAACACUCGAGACAAACACACACAUGGACAAAACGUUCAGUUUUAUAUACAUAGAUAGAUUGAUUAAUAAAAUCAAUUAACGUGCGGGAAAACGGGGCCGAUUGGUUGGAACGCGUGACUACAAAAGUGAAGUAAGCAGAUAAAACAACGACGAGAUAAUUGCAAAUCAUAAUAUAACAAAACGAAACGAACACACAAGUGAUACACAAUGGACGCGGAUGAGAGUGAAUGGCUUGCUGAGCUGCUGCGUGAUGUACAAUUGGAACAAUUUUAUCAGAGAAUCAAUCAUGAAUUGCAGAUCACUCGCCUGGCGCAUUUUGAUUAUGUACAUUCGGAUGAUUUAGAAAAAAUUGGAUUAGGAAAACCGGCAAUACGUCGCUUGAUGGAAGCGGUGAAAAAGCGAAAAGCACAACAAUGGCGACGAAACAUUUUAUCUAAGUUGAUCGGCGGCGGAAAACAGCAACCGAUUAAGAAAGCAAUUGCGGCUGAGACGAGUGGCCAAUCACAUCAAUCGACAUCACAUCUGUCGUGUCUCAUACACGAGAAAGAUUUAACGCUCGGCAUCAAAUUGGGCGAUGGAAGUUUCGGCGUGGUUAGACGCGGUGAAUGGACAAAUCCAUCCAACAGUAUUCAGCCGGUUGCCGUGAAAGUUUUGAAAGCCGACAAUUUAUCACAACCCGGUAUUAUUGAAGACUUCUUUCGAGAGGUUCAAGCAAUGCAUGCACUUGAUCAUCCAAAUUUAGUCCGGCUGUUUGGCGUUGUCUUAACUCAGCCUAUGAUGAUGGUGACGGAGUUAGCGGAAAGAGGCUCAUUACUCGAUACGCUUCGAAAACAAUGCAAACACACACCAAUAUCAGUUUUGUGGGAGUGGGCGUGUCAAAUAGCAACUGGUAUGGCAUAUCUCGAGCAGAAACGAUUUUUGCAUCGUGAUCUUGCGUGCCGUAAUGUCCUAUUGACGUCAACAAAUAAAGUGAAGAUUGGCGAUUUUGGCCUGAUGCGAGCACUGCCGCAACAAGACGAUUGCUAUGUCAUGACUGAACAUAAAAAAGUCCCAUUUCCAUGGUGUGCGCCGGAGUCUUUGAGGCAUCGAAAAUUUAGCCAUGCCUCGGAUAGUUGGAUGUUUGCUGUCACUCUGUGGGAAAUGUAUACAUUUGGCGAAGAUCCGUGGGUUGGUCUGAAUGGUUCACAAAUAUUGAGAAAAAUUGACCGAGAAGGCGAACGACUUAUUCAUCCAGACUCCUGUCCACCCGAUGUUUAUCAGUUGAUGCUGCAGUGCUGGGAUAAAAACGAUCAAGAGCGACCAACAUUCGCUGCAAUCAAAGAGUUUAUGCAUUGUGUUUCGCCUCCAUUGGUUCGUGCCAAAUCGGCUUGUAUGGCUGAGGGACGACUUAACAUUGACCAUGGCGAUAUAAUAGCAUUAAUUGACGAAAGACCAGAUUUGAGAUUCAUCAAAGGUCAAAACCAAAGAACAUUCGACAUUGGAACAUUUCCAAGACAUAUAGUAGAACCUCUAAAGGGAAAAACUUCGGAUAUAAGUCGGCCGCUGAAUGAGUCAUUUCGUCAUACUGGACACGGUUCCAUUCUCGGUAAUUCAUGGGGAAAUCCAUCGUUCAUCGAUCCAAACUAUUUAGGUGAUGAGCGAAAUGCCCAAACCGUUCAUUUUCGAGCAUCCAGCUCGGCAAAGGAACGAAAGUAUAAAUGCGCUUCAGAGCAAUAUGUUCGAGAGCGGAAAAGCAAUGCUCAGAAGCAAUUCGCGUACAACAAAUUGAAGAAUGAGAAACAAGCAACUAUGAAGCAUGAGAAUCGAAAGUCACUGACAGCGCCAAAGCGACCGCCACAACCGAAGUUAGUAAAUUUUGAAAAGAAAGAAAAAGAUGGAAUGCUCAUCGACUUGACAUCACCGCAGCAACAAGACAUUCCGGCUUUAAUGUCGAAUGGUGGUGUAUUCGACAGUGCAUUCGCAUCGAAAAUGAAUGACAUGAGCAUUCUUGAUGCUCCAAUUGAUGUGCCAACUGAAGGGUAUCCGGAUGAUUUGAAUGCAGUUGGAUUUUUUGAUAGUGAAAGCAAUAUAAAACCAGAACCGCCACCGUAUGCGGCGCCGCCCACCUAUAUGAAUACUUUUGUAAUGAAUAAUUACGGAAAUUUAGACCCAUUCGAUACGUCACACAUUGCAUCUACACAAUCACAAUCACAAUCGCUGGCAGCAUCAUCAUCAUCACAUUUAUACUCAUCUGAAGACAAUUCAGGAAAAUUCAUUCGCAAUCAGAUCCAAACGACAAGUUGCAAAGAAUUAGGCUAUAUCAGCCGACCUAGACCAACCGCAAAAAGUGAAAUUGAUGAAAUUGUUCAAAAUAAAAUGGCAUCAUUAAGCCCAAAAGUCAAUCAUAAACUUUCAAGUGCUACCACAGCAACAAAUGACGUUCCUAUCUCUGACUUAAUUAAACAAGCAAACCAGUCGACUCAUGAUUCCCCCUUAAAAGUGUCGGACAACUGCACUCUAAACGAUUCACUACAAGUUAAUUUGAGCUCAUUAACAUUGAAUGAUACCGAUGACUUUGAUCCACAAACGCUGCCGUCAACAUCGACCGAGCAAAAUCCAAAACUUGAUCGAGCAUUUUUAGCGGAAUUGGAAAAGGAAAUUUACAAAAAUGACAAUGCCACAUUGAAUGUGAACGUUAACAAUGCACAAGCCAAUGACUUUACAUCCCUCAAUACCAAAAAAAACACAGUUAGCGCAAUUUCGCAUUCAUCGAAUUGGCUAAAGAAUGAUGUUACUACAAAAAUCUACCAACAAAAUAAUGCGACUGCAGCAGCGCAAAGCCCGGCCAAAUACAAUAAUGAAUCCAUUAAAAUGACAAAUAAUGAGAGUGCAUCGACAAAUUUGGCAUUGAGCAAAAAACUUUACAAUUCCGAAAUAAAUAGUGCGGAUCUAAAUGCUAUUUAUGCAUCGACUGCGAAUCAAAUGGGCACAAACAAUGUGACAACGGUUACAAUGAGCAGUAGCAAUCAAUUUUACAGUAAUUAUGCUAUGACGGGUAAUAAUAGUGUACCGACACAUGACCAAAAAUACAACUUCGUCACAUCGGCCAAUAAUUAUGUGGGUGACAGUAUUUACUCUGUUGCCAGUGACAUAUACGGAAGUGCGGCCGGUGCAAAUGUGUACGAUGUUGUAGCAUCAAGCAAUUCAGAUUAUUAUCGAACCAUUCAGCCGAACGAUGUUCAAUCUGUGAUAUACGAUGAAGUAGCUGCAGACAUGGAUAUUCGGCCACAUCGGCCAGCUCCCGGUCCACCGGUUCUGUCUGCCCAACAAAUUCAACGACGAUUAGAACGGGCACAUGGCCAUCAAUUGUACGGAAACCUGGAAUCGAAUUAUGUGAACAACAGUUUUACGAAUGAGGAGGUCAACCAAAAAACCAAAACAACGAGCAGUUGCAAUGAUCUAUCGAAAGAUACGUUGAAUGCGGCAAACAGUGGAACGAUCAAAAAUAUGAAAAUUGAACAACUUCUACGAUUGGGUCUGGCCACUAGGUUCCAGUGUGAAGAAGCGCUAAUGAAAAGUGGUUGGUCCAUUGAGUUGGCCGCAUCAUUCCUACUGGAAAACACAUGAAAAAUGCGAAUUGAUGAACAAACACAGUGUGAAUAUGACGAACGUCUUAUCAAGUGGAAAGCUUAAAUCACUAUCUCCAAAAACAAAAUCAUCUACAUUUUUUAACUAAGUUUUACUGUAGUCAAAACGAACACUAUAUCGAAAGAGUACCAAUUGUAGCGGGAACAUAAGGGUGGCUCUUUAAACCAGUCAAUUACAGUCAUCAUCUGGGGAAUUUCCCCGUUCACAGGGAAUAUAGAACGGUAAAUUUAUGAAAUACGAAUAGAAUCAUUAUUUAAAAAAAACUGAAAUAUGUCGUUGAAAUCAAUGUAAAUGUUAAUAUUUAAGCAAAAUUCUCUAAAUCUGUUCAUUGAUGUGUAAAAAAUACAAAUGAAAAUGAAAAAAAAUUAACACUGAAAAUGUUAAAGAAAAUGAAAAUAAAUAAAAUUAUUUUAAAACAA